AAACAAAUUUAUUAUACUGAAGCCGGGAACAAAACCCCUCUUCUCCCCCGUAACUCCAUUUGUGUGCAAGCCCUAUUUACCCUCCGAUUAUCACUUCUCUGUAGUAACGGUAAUUCAUGGAUCCACAAACGCCGAUUCACAAGAACGAUGCAGAUGAAGAAGACGACAACGUCAAGCAGCUUCAACAAUGCUCCUCUAUCUAUUUAUUAUUACAGGAUUGUCUUGUUAAUUCUAAUAGAAACUGGAAGGCUUGCCAGAAAGAAGUUCAAGACCUGAAAGCAUGCAAUGAGAGGAGACAGCAGCUUGUGAAAAGGAACAAAGAUGGUAAAAGCUGGAAUCCACACCGUGCUGCUAGAAAUUCUCAACCGUCCGGGUUGGAGUACUUGGGUAGAAUUCCUAAAGUGUCAUUGACUAAUACAUAGUUUGUUGCUCACAUUCCAUAUGGUUAGUGAGAACAAUAUCGGUCAACUUGGGCCUGGUGUACGUUUCCUUACCCUGCAUUCUUUUUGUGAGAAACUGUUUCCACGAAUCGAACGACCUCUAUUUUAUGUGGCAACAAACUUACCAUUCCUAAGGUUCGUCACUAGACUUGGAAAUAAUAUAAAAUAAAAUUAAAGGUCUUUUGAAAAAAUGUACUCAACUUUCAAUUAAAUUCCCCUUGACGGCUUGACUCUAUGUAACUUGCAACUUUCAAUUCACAAAUCUCUCCAUAUAAAAAGUGAAUUUAUGU